AUGAAGCACCAAUGCUUUGCAGUAAAGCCUGAUUUGCGGGAAAAGAGGAUUGCGAUUUUCCGCAAGGGACCCGGCGCAGGCACGAUUGGAUGGGUUUUGGAAAUCCGAUGGGCGACUGAUAAGAUAAUUGUGGAUAUAUUUGUUUACGACGAUCAAGGACUGGAAGCAUUUGGGAUCCCAAAAAUUGUUUCUGUGAGCAUUCGCAAGGGACUCCUCGCCCCGGCCGAAAAGUCCGAGACUGGUCUUGUGUCGACGGAAGGUUAUCUACGACUACUACUCUAUCUCGUCUGCGCAGAAGUUGGCAAGACCUGCCGUCAUCUUUACAUGAAACAGGCACAACGACGAGCUUUGAAUCUAGCCCAGCCAUCUCAGGUAAGUACACGAAUAGCUGGUUUUGAUGUGCUCGUGUAAGUCUAGUCUAAAACCCUCGUCUACUUGUACUGCACUCGCCUAGUCUUGUCUAACACGCUCUAAUAUCUAGUCUAAUGCGCUCUAA